GGUGUGAAGUCCGGGUGGAACUUCGCGUGGAAGACUUUGAUGCGGGAGCUUGCUCCUCAGCAGAGCAAAGACGGGUCGUAUGUCAGGCCCUCCUACAACUUCAAAGGUCUCGUCGUGCGCGACGGCCAGAGCGGUCGAUACCACCUGUACGCGGGGAAGGCGUGUCCUUGGUGUCAUCGGGUCGAGCUCGUGCGGAGCGUCCGAGGGCUGCAGGCAGGAGGAGAGCAGCAGGAGGACUACCUGUCCAUGACGACGGUGCUGGAUCGCCCGGAGGAGGCGUCACGUGGUGGAUGGGUGUUUGGCUCCCAUGAUCCUGACCCUGUCGUGCGAGCGAGGGACUUGCGGGAAGUUUACGACGCCCUAGUUCCCGGAGGCUUCCGAGGGAGAUGCACUCACGUUCUUGCCAUGCUGACGAGGAUCGAACAGGUCGUCAGCAACGAGAGCGGGGAUUUGAUGAGGAUGCUUAACAACGUUGCGCCAAAGGCAUCGGACGCCCUGUCAGAGGAGCAGAGGCUCCGGCGGAGGAUCGACUUGUAUCCUCCUGAGCUGCAGAGGGAGAUCGAUGAGUUGAAUCACUGGAUCUACGAGGAUGUGAACAACGGAGUAUACAAGUGUGGGUUCGCCACCACCCAGGCUGGUUACAACAAGGCAGAGCACGCCCUCACGCACGCCCUUGACAGGAUCGAGGAGAUUCUUUCCAACAAGCGCUUUCUCACUGGUGACAGAGUGACCGAUGCCGACAUCAGGCUCUUUCCUACUAUCUUCAGGUACGACGCUGUGUACAACAUCCUGUUUCGAUGCACUAGGAGGAGAGUGGCGGACAUGCCGAACCUCAAGGCAUGGCUUCAAGACAUGUACCAGGUUCCAGGGGUGAAGGAGACUUGUGACUACAACGCUAUGAGAGAGUCCUACUUUCGUCAGCUCUUCCCCCUCAACCCUUCAGGCAUACUUCCUGCAGAGCCUGCUGACGUCAUCAGGGAAGCAAGUGGGAGGGGUGCUCACGAUGUAGCAAGUCUUUUCUACAUCAGAGAGGAAUGA